CCUAUGGGCCUUCGCCAUCUCCGAGCCGCGCGAAGCUGCCCCUUCCCACACACGUCUCGGAUCCUUAGCACGAUCCGCCGAAUUAAGUUUGCGCACGUACGCACUUGGACACUACCGGUAGUAACCUCGACAGUACUCAGCGAACGCCAUGGCCUCCCUCGCCGCCGUCUCCGUGCAGCCGGUCGCCGUGAAGGGCCUCGGCGGCAGCUCCAUCUCCGGCAGGAGGCUCGCCGUCAGGCCGGCGCCCCGCGCCGCCUGCCGCUCCGCCCGCAGGCCCCGCGCCGCCGUGGUGGCCAAGUACGGCGACAAGAGCGUCUACUUCGACCUCGACGACAUCGGCAACACCACCGGGCAGUGGGACCUCUACGGCUCCGACGCGCCCUCGCCCUACAACCCGCUUCAGAGCAAGUUCUUCGAGACGUUCGCGGGGCCGUUCACCAAGAGGGGCCUGCUGCUCAAGUUCCUGCUGCUGGGCGGCGGAUCCCUGCUGGCCUACGUCAGCGCGUCGGCGUCGCCGGACCUCCUGCCGAUCAAGAAGGGGCCGCAGCAGCCGCCGGUGCCGGGCCCGCGCGGCAAGAUCUAAGUUCAGUUGCUCCUCCGAUCCUCCUCCAUUCGCCUACUAGCUUUGCUUGUACUGCUAGCUCCGAUCAUCACCAUGGAUCUCUGCCUGUUAUCCUGUUGAUAUUCGAUCGCUGCCUCUUUUUAUCGAUGUUGAUAUUGUACUCCGGCAUAUACAAUUAAAAUUGGUGCUGCGUGCCUCGUACAGCCUGUCGGCUUUGUUAUCAACCAAAGUUCGUAUAUA